AUGACCGACAUCGCCUUGGUGGUGGAAGCCUUCCUCCACUUCGAGGGCUUGAGGCGUAUCCACGCCGUGGCGUUGGUCUUGGCGUUUAGCCCCAACACCGUUGCCGCGGUGGCUGCCAGCUGCGUGGUGGAGGCCACGGCCGGUUUUCGUUCGGAGAGAGGCGAGAGCAUGGGAGUCCUGUCUGGGGUGAGCUUAGACUAG